AUGACCCCCGUCCGCAACGCCCGCGUCCUCUUCAAACAAGGCCCUACGCCCAACACUUAUCCCGAGCCUGGCAAGGCGACCGCCUCUUUCGGAUCCAUCCUACGGUCGUCCAACUCGCCAAAGCGGCCCGCGGUGGUCGCGAGCGCGGGCUCGGACGAGAAGGUCGCCUCUUUGAAGUGGCUCGGCGCGGAUGUCGUGUUCAACUACAAGACAGAGGACACCGAGGCGAUCCUGGAGCGUGCGGGCGGGAUCGACAUAUACUGGCAUAACGUCGGCGGGCAGACCCUCGAGGCGGCACUGCGCACAAGUCUGCUCGGUUCAUCCGCGUACAACCCGGCGGGCUACGCACCGAAGAACCUGUCGCUCGUCGUCGGGAAGGAGAUCCGGAUCAGCGGGUUCAUCGUCAGCAACCUCUACCCCAAGUACCGCGAGCAUUGUUACAAGGAGAUCCCGCGUUUGGUCGCCGCGGGGAAGAUCAAGUACACGGAGGACCGCUCCGUCGGGCUCGAUGCGACGGGUGACUCGGAGGCGAUCCUUGCGGUGCAGAAGGGCAUGAAUACGGGGAAGAAGGUCAUCGUGGUCGCGGAGGAGUGA